AUGAUGGAGCAAGUUUACAAAUCAGAGGAUGCAGAGCUCUGUAGGCAGAUAUUAGCUACCAUGUCAAUAGUAUAUCGCCCCGUCACCCUUCUUGAGCUUCAGUCUUGUGUCGAGUUGCCUAAGGUCUUCACUGCCCUCUGUGGCUCUUUUUUGGCUUUACAAGGCGAUACCAACAUCAUUGUUUUUGUUCACCAGUCUGCGAAAGAAUUCCUUCUCGAAAAGGCAUUUUCCCAGAUUUUCCCUAUGGGUCUGGAAGCAGAACAUCACACUAUUUUUCUCCUUUGUUUCAAAACUAUGGCAAAUAUCCUUCGCCGUGGUAUAUCUCAAGCUGACAUCAAGUUGCCGAACAUCUCAAAUAUGGCAGCCCAAAGACCCAACCCGAGCCUAUUGGCACCUGCAGAAUAUGCCUGUGUCUACUGGUCUGGUCAUCUUCAACAUUGUGGUCGCAUCAUAUCUACAAACAGUGAUUUUGAAGAUAACGGGACGAUUGACAGGUUUUUACGGCAAAUGUAUCUAUACUGGCUUGAAGCUCUCAGCCUACUCGGCAAAACGUCAGAAGGCGUUGUUGCAAUGCUUGAACUUGAUGCCUUACUUUUAAGGAGGGGCAACUCGGUAGAAGUGAAGGAACGCGCCCAUGACGCUUUGCGCUUUUUCCGAUAUUUCAAACAUGCAAUAGAACGCAAUCCUUUGCAAGUUUACUGUUCACCUUUGUUAUUCAGUCCCUAUCGCAGCAGGACUAGAGAGUGCUAUCAGUAUGAAUCACCCGGGUGGGUAACCAUUGCUGGGAGUGCUGUACUCGAGAAUGAAUGGAGUCCCUGCCUUCAAACUCUUGAGGGAAACCACUGGAAUGCUGAAAUGGUUGUAGGGCACAGGUAUGGAUGGCUUGCAUCAAAGCCUAACGGUCAAUCAAUUGAGAUUUUUAAUCUGGAUACUGGUCAGUGUAUCUCAAGACUGGAGACGGGGCACAAGCAAGUUUCCAGGACUGUCUGGUCUCAUGAUGGAAACCGCCUUGCAUCAUCAGGCCAUUGGGGUGGGAUGGUCGAGAUAUGGGAUCUGCAAACUGGCAAAUGCAUAUCAAAAUUGGAAGUUGGUACAAAUCCCGAUUUCAUUAUUUGGUCUUUUUCUGGUGCUCGACUUGCUACACAAACUUCAGACCAAACGACCGAUACAUCGAGUCCAAAGACCGAGAAGCACAUGCAUCAACCGGUAUGCUGUACAGAUACCGACCCUCGUAUCAAUUCCAAUCUCCCCUUCGAGUUUGAUGUUCAACGAUCAACAACAAAAAUCUGGGAUACCAACACUGGCCGAUGUAUAUCAACAUUUGAAUCGAAAGGCACUAUUUCCUGGGCACGCGAUGACAUUAGACUUGCAUUGAAAGAACAAACGACAAUUUCUAUCUGGAACACAGACACUUGUCAAUGCAUCGCAACACUGGAGAGGGGACAUCUUGAUCCAAUAAUAGCUCUUGAAUGGGUACCUGAUAGCACUCGCAUCGUAUCAGAAUCAGAAGAUGAGCUGGUAAUAUGGGUUUUACCUACCACGCUGAAGACCGAGCCAUCUGUUCGUAUACAGGGCCAAUAUUCAGACGAGCUCAUGGGAUCGUAUCCUCUCCAUUUUAGCUGGGAAAUGCAUCAUAUUACUCCUAUAUUGAGACCCGCUCUCUAUAUCUUAGAAGAUAAAAUUUCGACAGCGCGAUUGAGAACCACUCUCUCUUUUUCAGAAGAUGGAACCAAAUUCGCAUCGACAGGACUUAGGCAUGCAAUCAAGAUUUGGAGCACCAUAACUUCUAAAUGCAUAUCGACACUUCAAGAGCAUGAUAUUAUCUUGUGCAUCGCGUGGUCUCCCGACGGAACGCGGCUCGCGUUUGGCUCUAAGGGCUCUACAGUAAGAAUCUGGAAUCCAAUGACAGCACACUGCAUGCUCCUUCUGAGAGGACACACGGAUGCUGUUACGGCUGUUCUUUGGUCACAAGAUGGGAAUCGACUGCUCUCGUUAUCCAACGAUCUGACUACCAGAAUUUGGGACACUUCCAGUGACUCUUAUACUAGUAGUCACUCCACGUCGGCCAUUGAUAGAGCUGAUGGGCAAGUGAUAUUCAUCGCUUGGUCCCAUGAUGAAACAAGGCUUGCAUCAUUAUCGAGGGAUUGGACAACUUUCCGAGACCUGACGAUCAGCAUUUGGGAUAAGCACUCAGUAAAACCGAUCCUGACAUUCAAAGCACAUCAUUUAUCUGUCAUUGGCUCUACCAAACAUUCUCAAAUAUUCUGGGCACGAGAUGGAUGCCGGCUUGCAUCUGUAGCAGAUGACACAACGAAUAUCUGGGAUUGCUUUACUGGGAGAUGCAUCUCUACAUUGACGCAUCGCACCAUGAACGUCGAUUAUGUCUCAUUCCUUGAUUGGUCACCUAGUGGAACCCAAAUUGCAUCAGUCGAGAAAUUUAACUCCCGUUCGAGAGUGAGAAUCUGGAAUCUAUCUACUUUCACCCAAGAGGCCCAGUCUGGUUCUGGGCUGUUUAACGGAUCGGUCCAACCUUUUGAGUGGUCUCCCGAUGAUGCUUGGCUGGCAUCAACCAUUAUGAAUAUGACAGAUUUUCCAUUCGGCUCAUCUUCACAAGGGACUGUCAUUAAAAUUUGGAACUCAGCUUCCGGAAGAUGCUUGCUGACGUUUGAACUAGAAACCAAGGUAUCAUCCAUGUCCUGGUCGAACGACAGUACAUGGCUCAGGCUAGGAUACCUUUGCGUGAAGGUAGACACAUUACUCACAGACCGUCGUGAGAGGCCAACAGCUACUGGCUUUGAAAGUUCCUCAACUGUUUCUGUGUCUCAUGACGGAACCAUGCAAGCAUCAUUGUUAGAGGGCAGGACUAUCAAGGUCUGGGACAUAGCCAAGGACAAGUGCUUACAUGAGCUUCAACUUGAGGUUUGCCAAUGGAUCGUGUUCGACUCAUCCGAUUCGAGCAUUCUACAUACUUCUGUUGGUACAUUUAGGUUCGGUCAUGAUAAUCACAAGAGACGCCACCCGAUAAACGACUCCGACAGCGAGGAAUCCGUACCACGACAAGCAGGAUAUGGCAUAAAGAGCGAUGAAAGCUGGAUUACGUUUGAUGGGCAAGACCUCCUGUGGCUACCCCCAGAUUUUCGACCAGCAAGGCCGGAUUUGUUCGUUAUGUCAGGCAAUACGGCGGUGAUCGGUUGCUUCUUAGGCCAUGUUCUGAUCUUAAACUUUUUCGGGAUGAAUCCUAUUCAAUCACUUGCUGCCAGCACUAGUCCGGUACCAUGUUGUGAGCCAGCCCAAUGA